CACGAAGCAUUCUUUUUUCAAGCAAGUUGCUAACAUAGAAAAUUCAUUUAAGCAUACAUUUCGGUGAGGUUUCUUAUUAAUUUAAUGAAGUGUUUCAUAUAAUAAUUCCAAAAUCCAAUUCCGUAUUAAAUUAAGGUAAACGUAUAAAAUAACUAUGGGUAACAUGAUGGGACGGAAAGCAGCUAAGGCUAAGCGGAUAAGAACCAGCGGGCAUGUGCACGAAUAUUUACUGGAUCCUGUACGAAAACGCCCUCGAACGUCACAGAGCUCACGGGAUGCCAGAUACAUAAUGAGUCUUUGUCAACAAGGCCGCAGCGCAACAAUGCAGGAUUUGAACAAGGCUGGUCAGGAGGAGGAGGAGCCGCCACCCUUUCCAGACGCUCCUUUACCGAGAUGGCAGAGCAGAUGGGAGGUGGAAAUGCGGCCUGACCCGCGAGAUGUAACAACAAUGUUAAAGAGCAAGACGACGUUGAAACCAUGGAAAAGUAUGCCCCUUCCCACUACAGAGGAAGCAGCGUCGACGAGGAAAACAACGCCUACGAAUUCCAGAAACGUCAGUCGACGUGGUCGUCGCAGGAAGACAAGGAACGAUCGAAGAGCGGGUAUCGGGUCGGCACGUACAUUUUUGACCGAUGUAGAGGACUCGGAGAAAUUUGAACGCAUUAGUGUAACUUCGUGCUCCAUAGAUGGUUUCAAGAUGCUGUACAAAAAUGACGCUCGCAUGGAGAGCAUGUUUGAUAUGACCUCGAAGCUGUGGCACAUAGAGCCGAAAAAGAGAAACAUGAAAUGGUUUCUUGCUGAUACUCAUCAUAUGAAGGAGCAAAACCCGAGCGAAGUCGUUCCUAGAAGUGUCAAACCGUACACUUCAAUAAUUAAAACUAUUGGGCACCAUCGACCGACCGCAAUACAGCAAACAAUCAUUGAGGAAGAAUAGCUUAUUAAAACACUUGAGUGGCAGAGUGAGCGUAAUGUGUGUCUUUGAUAAUUUGUCAUGUAAUUGAAUAUCAAAAGGUAACACCAGCAUGAA